UUUACCGCAGGUAUCCGUGCAUCAACCAACGCUGAGGAAGGUCAACACGACACAGUAAUAGGUGAACACGUACUAGCAUCUAGAGAAGGUUUUCCUCUUCUUCAGAUGAUCACUGCCAUCGAUUUUGAUGAUGGACAUGGCCUACUGCUCAUUGGAACUGAAUCUGGGGAUGUUCGACUCAUCUCACUCCUUGAGACACAAGUUGUCGCUCAAGGAAGCACGGAAAACGACCUUCCAGAAGAUUUGCCGAAAAUUAGAUCAAUGUUUGGCAUUACAAGGGUCUCGCAGACUGCUGUUCGUUCUAAUCUACCAACAUUUUAUGACAUUCGAAAACACUAUAAGAUAUGGGAGAACCUACCAACAGAAGAGUUCAAGCAGAUAACUCGGGACUGGAUUGGUCAAUACGCUGUGCCGUUGUCCUUUGCAGGCUGGUCAAAUGAUUGGACCCGGUUUCAACGCAUAUGGGAUUGGAUCAGACCAUUUUCCCGCUGGGGGUCUCUUGACGUCGAUUAUGAUUUUUACAACACCUCCUGCUCGAUAGCAAGAAUGCGUCUUCAAACAUUGGGAGACAUCAUUCCAGUCGCAUAUCGCACUGAUGACCACUCCCGCGCCAUAUUCCGAACCGGAGAACGCAUUUUCUACUGCCGAACACUUGAUCGUACUGUUGAUAGAGAAAGCGUCAUGGACAUUGACUACGAAGAUGAGGAUGACAUUGUCUUGGGGAUUUUGCCACUCACGUACAGAGAGUUCAUAUCCGAUCCUCUAUCCAUUAUCCCCCACGUUUCCGACUACGAUACACAGCGAAACCUAACGGAUUGGGUCCCUCCCUACAGCCACAGUGCACAGAGCCGCAUUGCUGGAACUGUACGUACGAUUCGCAAAUACCAGAAAGAGACAUCUGGGAAGAUUCCGGAGAAUGCAAGUAUGGAGUCCUGGACAGAUGAAGAAUGGGACGAAAACUAUCGCGCUACCAACGAACGGCUUCAAGAUAGGAGAAGGAAUAUCCCGGAAUUUGUGGAGGGACCCGCAUACUUCGUGCCUAUAUAGUACAUUUGUUAUGCAUAUCUU